GCCACGUACUGCGCAUGCUCAGAUAGUGACUGCUACGCGCUCAAUCUAGUGGCUUGUCAACAAAACAGUGUUGCUCUAGCCAUACAUAGAACACGUUCUGUUGUACUCCGUGAAGGCAGGUGAUCUCAUCCCUAUAAAUUUUAUAGUACACGAUGUCGGCCGAGCAAGCCCACGAAGCGGUGGAACAGGUGACGCAACAGGUUAAGGACGUGAAGCUGGAAAACGGGGGCGAUGCGGGAGCAGCCAACGGAACGCCUGCCAAGAAUGAGGACAAUGCUAUCCCGUUUAAGGAUGCAUUCAAGAUGUUCUCAAAGUUCGGUGAUCCUAAGUCUGAUGGAAAGCAAAUCACUCUAUCACAGAGCGAUAAAUGGAUGAAACAAGCUAAAGUUAUCGACGGCAAGAAAAUAACGACAACGGAUACUGGAAUUUAUUUUAAGAAACUCAAAUCCUUGAAGGUGGGCGUCGAUGAUUACCAGAAAUUCCUCGAGGACCUUGCUAAAAACAAGAAAGUGGAGCUCGAAGAUAUCAAGAAGAAGUUAACGACUUGUGGUCAGCCAGGAUUAACGAGUCAUCUCACAAAGUCCCCGGCCGCUGCAACUGUUGACAGAUUGACAGACACGUCAAAGUACACUGGCUCCCACAAACAGAGAUUCGACGAGACAGGCAAAGGCAAGGGAAUAGCAGGCAGGAAGGACCUGGUCGACGGCUCUGGCUACGUCACGGGUUACCAACACAAGGACACGUAUGGGAAGCCGCAGUAAAUGCAACAAAUGUCUUCUUUCAUAACUUCCAUAAUUAGUUAUUUAUAUAGGCUAUAUAAUCAUUAAUAUAGGCAGGCAACAAAAUGAGAACAAGUUUAAUGAUAUUUAUCACACAAAUGAGAUACGAAAUGUAACCAAGAUACAAUUAGAACAUUCAGUAUGUACUCAUUUACUAUCAGGCUCAUUGAGUGAACAAUCGUUAACUUACACUUGGUUUCUAUAGUGAAAACCUAGCUUUACUUUCGCUCUCCUAUCUAUACCUUAUUAAUCAAAAUUUAAUAUCAUUGGAGUCUAUUAAUUUCCAUGGUCUAAGGCGCGUCACAGACGGCGAUGAUAAUAUAUUGUUACUUAACAGCUAGCAAGAUAUAUUUUCAUACUAGCUGACUCGACAGACCUUUUUUUUAUUUAUUUAUGAAAAUAAGGGACGAGACGAGCAGGACGUUCAGCUGAUGGUAAUUAAUACGCCCUACCCAUAACAAUGCAGUGCCGCUCAGGAUUCUUGAAAAACCCAAAAAUUCUGUGUGGCACUACAAUUGCGCUCGUCAACUUGAGACAUAAGAUGUUAAGUCUCAUGUGGCCAGUAAUUUCACCAGCUACGGCGCCCUUCAGACCGAAACACAGUAAUACAUAUUACUGCUUCACGGCAGAAAUCGGCGCCGUUUUGGUUCCCAUUAUGCAGUUGGCAUCCUGUGAAGAGGAGCCUCGUACUGGUUCCUUCCAUUUGCGAGGAACUUCUUGUCUCGCACAGACAUUUUGCGGAAUCAAUUACCGCCUGCAGUUUUUGCGAACCGAUACGACUCAGGAGGCCUAUUACCAAAAUCGACAGCCGAAGUUUCGGACCGAAACGAAAGAACGACGAUCUUCAAAUUAAAUCCUAUUACCAAAGUACAUCGGAUCCGAAUAUUGCGGACGGAUUUCGUUACGGAACCAUAGACUUAACCAUAAAAGGUGAAGUUAUUGUUACGAUCAUAAUAAUGUCAAAUAACGAAAAAGUAGAUGUCACGUGAAUUUGGGAAUAAAGGUAAUCGUGAACUUCGGAUCCGAAAUACUUUCGUAAUGGCAAAAUGAACGAUCCGUCAACCGAAAUUUCAUAUUUCGAUUUUGGUAAUAGGGCUCCAGGGACCUUCAAGCAUAGAACAUGCUCCCACCUCCACCCCCCACCAAGCUGGUAACGCAUCUCUUGAUCCCUAUCACGGUUGACUAUGUCAAAGAGGAUGUAAAUACGACUACGACGACGUAAUAAGAGGCGGGAAAGCCGAAGUAAAAAUUGAAAUUUAAUUUAGUAUGAAACGUGCAGUCAUUUGACAUAAGUUUCAAAUAGUAAUAUAGUCCGGCUAAGUUUGAAAGCGAUAAGUUGCUUACGACGUAGUGGAUUUCGCCUAUCUCCGUUUUUUACAAGAUUAUAGCCGUCAUCUGUCAAUCUAUCAAUGACUGUAUGUUUCAUACAAUCGGUUUUUUCUUAGAGAGUUUCGCUAGGCUGAGGUAUGUCUGCGUUCAGUUUGUAUUGGUCUAAUGUGAAUUGCUUUAUACACGAAUACACUGAGUUUAAAAUUAAUGACUGCUUUAGAGAUCAUAGCCGUCUGUGACACCCAUUAUAUCAAGCGGAAGCGUAUCUUGUGGGUUUGAAGAAAACUGCUGUAUACCUGUAGGCAUUUUGACCUACUUUUAAUCUGCUGUCGUUGACGUACCAUAAACAACUAGACUCCUAGAAGGGUCAUCAAAAAUGCCCGAGCGAUGUAGUAUAUACGUAUACAUUAACUUAUACAGAUAACAUUAAAACAUCAUUCAAAUUAACUUCUUAUAUCGAUGUAGUAAUGUUUAAAUUGUAGACGCUCAUAAGAAGCUCGGACGCGAACACGAGGCAAGAACAUAUGAAAAAUUGCUAAAAAUAAUUUAGCCACUGAAAUGUAUUUAGCAAAAUGAUUAAAAACGUCAAGUUAGUCAAUUAUGUUUAAAAGGAUACUUACCUUAAAUACGACAGUCCAUCCUUUUUCAGUUUUGAUAUGCUGUUACUUGGACAGUUUUUCAGUGAACACUUUGUCAUUGCGUGGCGUUGUAUUCAAAGCGCGGUCGAAACAUAACUGAACAAAAACUCUGCCUAAUAGACGCGUUGGCAGAGUUCUGCUUCAGACAAUUAUUGUGUGUGAUUGAGUCAAGUUGCUAAUCGUACGUUAAUGUCUUUUCUAUAAUUCGUCCCUUAUUAAAGUAUUAGUAUCUAUAUCUUAUAUCAUUCCUCUUUUGUAAUCAAAUACUGUAGGUAUCAGUGAUUGAAUCACAAUUAUAAUGUUAUAUUUAAAAAAUCUCCAUGUACUAUUUUUUGAUCUAGUCGUAUGUAGUUUUAGAAUAAAUUUCAGUAAUAAUUUAAGGCAUGAGAGUAAGGCCUUAGAUUAAGAAUUAGACUCCGCUGCGCUCCAACUAGAUACCGUACUACCUGAGAACAAUAGCUUUUUCAUUGCGGCAACUUUAUAUUGUAGUGUAUAUUGGCUAUUUGUAAAGAUGCGUGUGUGCGUGGCAUCUUGACACUCAAUGGCAUCUUUUAAAUUUUGUAACUUAUCUACUGUUCGUCACGGACGAGUAAAAAAAGAAGGACUCCGUGUCACCUUACAUAACAGUGAAGUACCAAAACAAGCCGGUAAAGGUGUAAAUACAAAGCCCCACGCACACACACUAGCAUAAAGGUGCUUUACUUUCUUAUGUCACGGUGCGGAGACAAUCUUUUUGUAAUCGUCCGUGCUCUUCGUAUUAUUUUCAUUUGUCAUUGAAAUAUGAGAUCCCAGUGUCUUUCUUAUUUUGCUGUAGUAUUAUUUUAAUAAAUAUAUACUACGCAACCCGGCAUUUUGGUUUCAAUUAUUAGCAAAGUUUAACAGAACAUGUGGCACGUCAACGUCACACAUUGUUCCAGACUGGCUCGAGUACGCCCAUUUGAGCGUAGUAGUAGUUGCCACACUCUGCGACUACGCCUGCGGUAUCUAGUUGGAGCGUAGCAGAGACCAUUCCUAAUCUAAGAAUGACAUUUUAUAAAUUAUUUUCUUACCUUUCGACUUGUCAAGCGAUCCAAGACCUUAAUGUACAAUGUAUAAUUUAAUGUAAUAUGUAUUAAUUUAGCGUUUACAUCACUUGUAGGUUAUACUUUUUUUUAAUGUAUCUAAUAUAUAAUUAUCGGUAAAAUAAAACACCUUAAAGUUUAUAA